AUGGUUCUUACAUAUCAUAGCCUCAUGGAGUCUGGUGUUGUUCUGGUCUUCGUUGGCAAGGACCAAAAGCGGUUCUUAAUUCAUACGGAGUUAGCUAGCUCCUUUCCAGUCCAGAUUCUUCAACCUCCUAUAGCGGAGGAGUUUGACGAGGUAGUCUUUGGCCGUUGCUGCGAGUUUGUGUAUACUGGUGAUUACUCCGUCCCCCCUCCGAUCUACGACGGCAUCCGCAAUCAAUCAGCCACAGAAUCUGUGAGACGAUGGGAUCCUGCCGGACUUUCUUGGAACUUUUUCCACCCAGGAAAGUUCCCUAUUGUUUGUGCCGACCUACGUGAACGAUUGGGUCAGGUGAAUCCCAACUACCGAGCCAACGACGAAUCAAGCACCGACCCUAAAUACAGUUAUGCGGAUGUAUUUCUUUGCCAUGCUGAAAUUUAUAGUUUCGCUUCCAGAACGGGGUGGACUGCGCUAUGCCAUCUAUCACUCUACCGCCUUCUGGGGCUGCUAGCAAACUUCACCCUUUGCGAGGAACGAACUGGGGAUAUUGUCACUCUAUUCAAAUUCACCUUUGAGAAUGUUGAUUCUGAGGAGUUUGAAAGCAUAGGGGACAUAAAGUUUGAAGGUAUGGGAGACCUCAAAAAGUUGAUGGGAGACUAUGCAAUGUGGAAUUUGGAAAUCCUGAUGCAGGAUAUGGAUUUUCAACUUGUACUUGACAAAAUGCCGUCUUUGGCAAAUGCUUUUUUCCGCUGGAUGUGGAAAUAA